GCUACGGUGUGAGCGGAGAUCAAGAUAAAGAACAUUUCAGAAACACCAGAAUUUUCCCUCGUGCCCCAUCCUGGUCAGGUCUGACUCCACCUAAAAGUGACCAUUAUUUGCACUUCUAGCACUCUAGAUUAGUUUUGUGAAUUCUUGAACUUUAUUUAAAUACAAUCAGUGUAAUAAUAUGUCUGACAUUUUACAAAUUUUUUAAUUUAUUUUUUACGUAUUUUUUGGCUUUGUUGGGUCUUCGUUGCUUUGUGCGGGCUUUCUCUAGUUGUGGUUAGCAGGGGCUACUCUUUGUUGUGGUGCGUGGGCUUCUCACUGCUGUGGCUUCUCUUGUUGCACAGAGCCAACUCUAGGCUCAGGCUUCAGCAGUCAGGUCAUGUGGGCUCUAGAGCGCAGGCUCAGUAGUUGUGGCCAACAGCCUUAGUUGCUCUGUGGCAUGUGGGAUCUUCCCAGACCAGGGAUUGAACCCUUGUCCCCUGAAUUGGCAGGCAGAUUCUUAACCACUGGGCCACCAGGGAAGUCCUGUGUCUGGCAUGUUUUAAAUCAACAUUAUGGCUCUGAGAUGAAUCCUUGUUAUGGAGUAUAGGAAUAAUUCCUUUAGCCAGCUAGUAAAUAUUUUAGGUUUUGUGUGCCAAAUGUUCUCUGUCACAACUGCUCAACUCUGCCAGUGCAGCAUGAAAGCAACCAUAGACGUAUGUAAACAAAUGAAUGUGGCUAUAUUCUGGUAAACUUUAUAGACACUGAAAUUUGAAUUUCAUAUAAUUCUGGCAUGUUGCAAAAUGCUGUUCUUUAAAAAAAAAAUUUAUUUAUUUAUUUGGUUGUUCUGGGUCUUAGUUGCAGCAGGUGGGCUCCUUAGUUGUGGCAUGUGAACCUUUAGUUGUGGCAUGCAAAUCCUUAGUUGCAGCAUGCAUGUGGGAUCAAGUUCCCUGACCAGGGAUUGAACCUGGGUCCCCUGCAUUGGGAGCAUGGAGUCUUAACCACUUUGCCACCAGGGAAGUCCUGCAAAAUGCUAUUCUUAUUUUUAUUUUUUUACAUCAUUUAAAAAUGCAAAAGCUUUCUUAGGUCAUUGGCUAUACAAAAAUAGGUGACAGGCCACAUUUUGCUGUAGGCUGUAGUUUUUCAGUUCUUGCUAUAAUCUAUUCAUUCUAUGUUGACAGACAUUUGUGUGGUUUCCAGUUUUUUCUUAUUAUGAAUAAGUCUGCCAUGAUCAAUCUUAAAAUAUUUUUUGGUAGACAUAGCAUUCAUUUCUAUUAGGAAUCCUAGAGUAGAAUAGCUGGAUCAUAAAGUGGGUUUACAUUUAUCUAUGGAAGUACUGUCAAACCAUUUCCCAAAGUGUUUGUGUCAGUUUACACAUUUGUCAGCAAUAUAAAGGAUUCCAGUUACUCCAUAUCCUCUUGAACACUUGGUAUUGUCAGUCUUUUUAAUUUUUAGGUGGGUAGUAGCAUCUCAGUGUGAUUUUAAUCUGCAUUUUCCUGAUUAAUACUUACUUUAGCAUCCUUUCAUAUGUCAACCAUUUGGAUAACCUCUAUGUUGAACUGCCUGUUUAACUCUUGACCAUUUCAUUAAAAUCAGUUUGUGUUUUUUUUCUAUUUAUUUAUAGGUAUUUGCAUAUGCUGGGAUCUGAGGCCUUUGUAGGAUAUAUUUAGUGUAGAUAUCUUUCUCAGGGUAUUGCUUGCCUUUUCACUCUGAUAAUGAAGUCUUUUGGAGAACAGAUGCUCUUAAUUUGAGUGAAGUUCAAUUUAUUAAUCUUUUGUUUGUGGUUGAUGUCUUUGCUUACCAUAAAGACAUGAAGAUGAAUUCUAUUUUUCUUCUAGAGGCAUUAUUGUUUCACCUUUCUCAUCUAAAAUUAAUUCUUUUUAUUUCUUUCGAGGUGAGGGUCAAGAGUUUUUUUUUCCCAUAUGCAUAAGUUGUUCCAGCACUAUUUACUGAAUGUUUUUUUAUAAUAAGACAAGUGACCUUAUAUGUGUGUGUCGUGUGUGUCUUUUUUGUACUCUAUUUUGUCUCAUUGGUAUAUUUAACUUUUCUUGUACUAAUACCAAACUGUUUUUAGAAUAAAUAUUGAAAUAUCAUGGCAUAAGUUUUACAUUUAUUCUUUUUCAUUAUAUCGGCUACUCUAUGUCCUAUGCAAUUCUAUAUAUAUUUUGAGAACCAGCUGGUUGAUUUAAAACCUGGAAGGAUUUAACUGGCUCUUCUUUGACUCUAUUAAAAAAAAAAAAAAAAGGCAAAUUGAUCUUAAUACUGAGUCUUCCAAUUCACAAAUAUGGCAUAUCUCUCCUUUUCUUUAGGUCUUCAUUAAAUUCUCUCAGCAAUGUUUUAUAAUUUUCAUUGGAGAGAUUUUAUGCCUUUUAAAAAACAGCUUUAUUGAGAUAUAAUUAACAUACCAUAAAAUUCUCCCAUUUACAGUGUUUAGUUCAGGGACUCCCCUGGUGGCGCAGUGGUUAAGAAUCCGCCUGCCAACGCAGGGGGCACAGGUUCGAUCCCUGGUCUGGGAAUAUCCCACAUGGCGUGGAGCAACUAAGGCUGUGCACUACCACUACAGAGCCUGCAUUCUAGAGCCCACGAGCCACAACUGUUGAGCCCGCAUGCCACAACUACUGAAGCUCACACGGCUAGAGCCCGUGCUCCACAAGAGAAGCCACCACAAUGAGAAGCCUUCGAACCACAAUGAAGAGUAGCCCCCACUUGCCACAGCUAGAGAAAGCCCGCACGCAGCAACCAAGACCCAACACAGCCAAAAAUAAAUAAAUAAAUUAAAAAAAAUAUAGUUUAGUUCAAGUGGUUUUUAGUAUAUUCAGUCGUGCAAAAAUCCCCACAAUUUCUGAUUUUAGAACAUAAUCAUCACCUGAAAAAGCAACCCUCUACCCCUUAGCAGUCAUUACUAAUUUCUGUCCCAUACCCUCCAGGUCCAGGCAACCAUUAAUCUUCUAUCUGUGUCUAUAUAAUUGCUUAUUCUGGACAUUUCAUAUGUAUAGAAUCAUAUUUGUUUUUUUGUGACUGGAUUCUUUUGCUUAACAUAAUGUUUUCAAGGUUUAUCCUUGUUGUUGCAUGUAUCAGUAUUUUAUUACUCUUUGAGGCUGCAUACUGUUUGUUCUCUUGUACAUGUAUGCCACAUAUCUUGGGGGAAAACAUAAUAGAGUCUUUCUCCAUUAAUUAUGAUUAGCUGUGAUUUUUCAUAGAUGCCCUUUAUUAGGCUGAGCAAGUUUCCCUGUAUUCUGACUUUGUUGAGUGUUGUUAUCAUGAAAGGAUAUUGGAUAUUGUGAAAUGUUUUUCCUGUGUCUAUGAGAUGAUCAUGUGCUUUCUGUCCUUUAUUCUAUUAAUAUGAUGUAUUAUAUUGAUUGAUUUUUGCAUGUUAAACCAACCUUACAUUCUUGGCAUAAAUCCCAUUUGGUCAUGGUAUAUAAAUUUUUUUUUUUUAAUUUGCUGCUAGAUUCAGUUUGUUAGUAUUUUGAGGAUUUUUGAGCCUUUUUGUUACUUUUGUGUUUUUGUUUGCUAUGGUAAGUACUUUUGUUUUUAAAUUUUACUGUUUACUUGAAGCUAGUAUACAUGGACACAAUUUAUGUUUUUAUAUUUACUUAUAUCGAGUGAUCAUGUUAAAUUUAUUUAUUCAAAUACUUUUAUAAUUCUUUUGAAUUUUCUGUAUACAAAUUAUGUCAUCUGCAAAUACUGUUAUAUUUUUUCUUUUCCAGUCUUUAUACCUUUUGCUUCUUUCCUGUUUAUUGCACUAACUUGGGCCUCCAAUAUGAUGUUGAGUGUGAGUAUUGGUAGUGGAUUUCCUUGUUUUGCUCUCCUGAAGAAUCCAGCAAAUAUGUUAUCUGUAGCUUAUUUAUAGUUUCUCUUUAUCAGAUUGAUAAAAGGCAAUUUUCUUCUAUACCACUUUGUUGAGAGUUUUUAUGAAUUUGUGUGUGAUUGACAUUUUGUAUUCCAUCAAAUAUUUGCAAGAAUUCACCAGUGAAAAUGUCCAGGAAUAGAGUUUUCCUUGUGGGGAAAUUUAUAAUUAAAGAUUUAUUUUUCUUAACAGAAUUACUCAAAUUUUAUUUUUUUUCUCAUGUCAUUUUUGGUAAGUUAUAUUUUUAAAAGAAUUUUCCAUUUAUUUGAAGUCAGACUUAUUGGUGUAAAGUUGUACAUAAUGCCUUCUUAUUUAUCCUUCAAAACUUAUAUAAAAUCUUUUUCCAUACCUGACACUUGUGGGGUUAUUUUCCUCUUUCUUGGUCAGUCUUGCUAAUGCUUAUCAAUUUUGUUAGUCUUUCAAAGAACUGGCUUUUGGCUUAGUUUAUUUUCUCUAUUACUAGUUUGUUUUCUAUUUUAGUGAUGUCAGACUUAUCUUUAUUACUUCCUUUUACUUUCUUUGGGUUUAACUUGAUGUUCUUUCUUUUAGUUUUUUACAGUGGAGGCUUAUGCCUUUCAUAUCCAAUAUUUUUUACUUUCUGAUAUGUGCAUUUAGAGCUAGAAACAUGCCUCAAAUUACUGCUUUUACUACAACCCAAGUGUUUUGUUUUUUUUUAACAAGAGAACAAAUCCCACAUUUUUGUUUAUUUACUUUUCAAUAAGUUUAAAUCCUUGAAGGGUACAGCAUCACACGGAUUCUCUGUGUGAUGGCCUUGGCAAGAAGGUUGUUUCAGAAUUUGGCAUGAACCAUGCCACUGUUUCCAUGAGUGCAAGUUAUCUUUCUCCAGAUUACUCUGGUUUUGUUAGGUUUUCCACCAGGAGUUAAUGUGUUGUUUAUUCUUUGCUUUGUACACAUAAGCACAUCUCUUGCCUACAUAGAAUUCAGUUUCAUCUUGAGCUUAUACACCUUCAGUUUUCAGAAGAGCUCUGUCCUCCCUCUGGUUCCAUAGACCCCGCUGAUAGGCAGUGAAAUGGCCUUGGACCAUGCCUUCCAGACAUGUAUAUCAUUUUGAAAGUCCUAUUCCCAGCAGACCCCACAUAUUUGCCCCCAAAGUACAGCUGCAGGAGUUCCACACAUCUCCACAGGUCCAAGAUGGCUGAAAGAGCACAAAUGUUGUUGUUGUUUUUUCAAGUAAUAUUAAGGUCAAAAUAUUUACAAAUUUUCUAUUAUAACUUAUUAUUUGACCCAUUGAUGUUGCAGAGUUAUAUUGCAUAAGUUCAGAUAACUUGGGAAUUUAUCAAUAUUUUGUUUCAUUAUUGUUGUUCCUUUUUAGUUUAAUUCCAUUGUGACCAGACAACAUACUGUACAUGAUUUCAAAUCUAUGAAAUGUUUUAAAUUUGCUUUAUGGCCCAGUAUAUAGGACUGUUUUGCAAAAUGAUCCAUGUUCACUUGAAAAGCAUAUAUAUUCUGUCAUUGCUAGGUGGUGUAUUCUGUAUAUGUUAAGUUGGCUGAUUGUGUAAUUAUCAUAUCAUUACUGAUUGCUUUGGGACUACUUACAUAUGAGUUAAUAGGACUUGUGUGUUAAAAUCAUUUAUUAAAGUAGCUUUAUCUUUUUCUCCUUUUUAGUUCAGUCAGUCUUUGCUUUCUAAAUUUUGAAGUUAUGUUCAUAGAUGAGUACAAAUUUAAGACUGUAACAUUUUCCUGAGUUGCUCCUUUUAUCAUUAUGUUCCCAUUUAUUCUUAGUAAUGUCCAUUUCUUCAAAGUCAACUUUAUCAGCUAUUAAAAUAGCUACUCUAGCAUUCUUUUGGUUUGUAUUUGUGUGUUGUUCCCCACCCCCCAUCCUUUAACUUUCAGGCUUUCUCUAUCAUAGUUAAUGUAUGUCUCUUGGCUCUUUUUAUAAAAAUCUAGUCUGACAGUCUUCACAUUUUAAUAGAACUCUUUAGGUCAUUUUUAUUUAAGGUAUUUACAGAUGUAGUUGGUGAGGCUAACUAUACAAGUGGCCACAAUAAUUUGUUUCAUUCUGUAUUUACUUUGCAAUGUGACUUUGCUGCUCCUCCCAUCAAGAGGCAGUGACUGUUUCUCCAUCUCUUGAAUCUGGGCUUAGCCAUGUGACUUUCUUUGCUAUCGGGACAUCAACAAAUGUAAUACAAGCAGUGGCUUGGAAGAUAUUUCUGUACUAGAAUCUGCCCUCUUUUGUAUAUGAAUGGUGUGUAUGAACCUGAAUGACCUAGAAUAGUCAUGUGGUAAAGAACCAACACUGGUAGCCAGCCUGCCAACCACCCAAUCAGUGAGUGAAACUAUCCUAGACUACUUGGCUUCAGUCAAAUCUCCAGUUGAAUGUAGCUUCAUGAAUGAGUCCGACUGAAAACAAAAGCAGAAAUGCACAGGUGGUCCCAGCCCAAACUGCCAACCCAGAGAAUUGUGAUAUAAUACAUGUUUUAAGCUACUGAGUUUAGAGGUUGUUUGUUUUUUUAUAAAUUUAUUUAUUUAUUGGCUUUGUUGGGUGUUCGUUGCUGCACAUGGGUUUUCUCUAGUAGCGGCAAGAGGGGGCUACUCGUCGUGAUGCAUGAGCUCCUCAUUGCAGGGGCUUCUCUUGUUGUGGAGCACGGGCUCAGGUGCACGGGCUUCACUAGUUGUGGCAUGUGAGCUCAGUAGUUGUGGCUCACGGGCUCUAGAGUGCAGGGUCAGUAGUUGUGGUGCAUGAGCUUAGUUGCUCCACGGCAUGUAGGAUCCUCCUGGACAGGGCUCGAACCCUUGUCCCCUGCAGUGGCAGGUGGAUUCUUAACCACUGUGCCACCUAGGAAGUCCCGAGGUUGUUUGUUAUAUAGCAAAGGCUGUGAUAUAGUUAGGUUUCUAUUGCCGCAUGUGUAUUUAAUUCCAAUUUUAUCUUGUUUCUUGUUAUACAGCUUUUUAGUGGUUGCCCUAGAGAUGGUAUGAAUCUUUGAUUUAUUAAAAUCUGCAUUAAAUUUAGCAUUAUAAUUAUUUCAUAACCAAUGCCAGAUACUUAAAAAUGUCUGAUUCUAUCCACUCCCUUUUGUACUUUGUGCUUUUAUUGUCAUAUAAUUUAUUUUUAUGUAUGUUAUAACCCCUUGUGACAGCUCGUGAUUAUUUUACACAAUGCUCAUUUAUAUUUCUUCAAUAUUUAAACUUUGCAGUGUUCUUAAUUCCUAUAUAUAGUUCAAGGUCACCAUCUGAGAUCACAUCUCUUCAGUCUGAAGAACGUCCUCAAUUAUUUCAGUGUGCAGGUUUACUCUCUAGGUAUAAGACCAAGAAGUUAUUUAUGCCAGAGGACAUUUAUGCCAAUGGAAGAUACUAGGAGGGAGUAAAAUUCCUUGUCUUAAAGGAUCUAUUUUGAGAAAGAGUGGCAGAGCAAAAGUGAGUUUGAGGGUCAACAGGGACCUCAAGGUAGAUAUUUCAGUCAAAUGAAAAUCAUCUAUAAAAUGUGUGGAAAACAUCUUUUACUCUGAAUCAGAGAAUUCAUAAUAGUGAGAAACUUUAUGAAUAUAGUGGAUGUAGGAAAACCAUUAGUUGUGGCUCAAAUUUUGUUCAACAUUUGAAAAUUUAUUCUGGUGGUAAACUUUUUGAUUGUAAAGAAUGUGGGAAUACCUUUAAUAGUAUCUAUCGGGAAUUCCCUGGCGGUCCAGUGGUUAGGACUUGGCACUUUCACUGCCAUGGGCCCAGGUUCAAUUCCUGGUUAGGGAACUAGGAUCCUGCAAGCCACACAGCGUGGCCAAAAAAAAAAAAAAAAAAAAAAUUAUCAUCUAAACUGUACAUCAGAAAAUUCAUAUUGAUAAAAAACCCGGCUGGGACAAGAGAACCUGAGCUUCAACAAGUCCUGCCACCAGCCUCUCAAAAAUGGACAACAAGCUAGAUAUCUUCAGAAGGGAGUUGGUGGACGUUCAGGGCAUCCCCGUCUUCUGGAGCAUUGUUGAGGAGGGGUCCCAGGUGGAGUCAUUUGAAAGCCGACCAGAUGACUUUCUGAUCUCCACCUACCCCAAAUCUGGAACAACCUGGAUCAGUGAAAUAUUGGAUUUGAUCCAUAACAGUGGAGAUGCAGAGAAAUGUAAACGAGAUGCAAUAUACAAAUGAGUGCCAUUUAUGGAAAUGAUAGUUCCUGGAAUUACAAAUGAUGUUGAGGAAUUGAACGACAUGCAAUCUCCUCGAUUAGUGAAAACACACCUACCUGCUCAAUUUCUCCCUUCUUCAUUUUGGAAAAAUAACUACAAGAUGGUCUACAUGGCACGGACUGCUAAAGAUGUGGCCGUGUCUUACUAUUAUUUCUACCAGAUGGCAAAAUUGCACCCAGAGCCUGGUACCUGGGAGGAGUUCCUGGAUAAAUUCAUGACUGGAAAGGUGGCUUUUGGUUCUUGGUAUGACCAUGUUAAGGGCUGGUGGGAGAAAAGAAAAGAUUAUUGUAUCCUUUACCUAUUCUAUGAAGACAUGAAAGAGCAUCCAAAGUGUGAAAUUCAGAAGUUAUUAAAAUUUCUAGAUAAAGACCUGCCUGAAGAAACUGUGGAUAAAAUCCUCUAUCAUAGCUCCUUUGAUAUGAUGAAGCAGAAUCCUAGUACAAAUUACACCACUCUACCAAAAUCCAUUAUGGAUCAUUCUAUGUCUCCCUUCAUGAGAAAGAGUAUUUCAGGAGACUGGAAAAAUCACUUCACUGUAGCCCAGUAUGAAAGACUUGAAGAAGAUUAUAAAAAGAAAAUGAAAGGGUCUACAAUGCCGUUUCAUUCAGAGAUAUAAGAAAUACCUGCUGUUUUUCCAGUUGCUAUAGCUGGCACUUAAAUUAAAAGAAAAAAAAAAUCCCUUCAAAUGUCUAGUGAAAGAAAGUUCUGUAUGUAAUGUUAGUGGUUUGUAAUAGAAUAUUCAAAGAAUUUCAGUUUACAUAUGAAAAAUCAAUAGUCUUUAUGAUUUUAACUACCAUCCACAAUGUUUUUAUUUUUCUUAAAGACCAAAUAAUAAAAUGAAAUCUAAAAAUCUAUAAAAAAAAAACUUAUGAAUGUAAUGAAUAUGGGAAAGUCUUUAGUUGUAGCUAUCAACUUACUGUGCAUCAGAGAUUUCAUACUGGUGAGAAACCCUAUGAAUGUCAAGAAUGUGGAAAGGCUUUUCAACUUUUUCUUUUUUCCUUACACAGCAUCAGAAAAAUUCACACAGGCAAGAAACCCUGUGAAUAUAAGGAAUGUGGGAAAAUUUUAGUGCAUGUGGUCAACUUACCUGUCAGCAGAAAAUUCAUACUGAUAUAAAACCCUAUGAAUGUUAAGGAAUGUGGGGAGACCUUUAGACUUGUUUUUUAGCUCACUGAACCCAGAAGAAUAUAUACAAGUAAGAAACCUCAUGAAUGUAAAGCAAUAUGGGAUAACCUUUAGUAGAUGUGGUACAGUACAGCUUAAUUGACAUAAAACAGUUCAUACUGAUAUAAAGCCCUUUGACUGUAAGCUUUGUGGGGAAGGCUUUUAGUUAUAGUGGCAACCUUAGAGUACAUCAUAGAAUUCAUACUGGUAAGAAAUCAUAUGAAUAUAAGGAAUGCAGGAAGAAUGUAGCACAUCCUCAAGUUAGUGUACCUAAGAAAGUUCAUACUGAUGUGAAACCCUACAAAUGUUUAGAAUGUGGGAAGGCCUUUAAAUUUGGUUUCUACCUUACUAAGCAUCAGAUAAUUCACACUGAUGAAAAGCCCUAUGAAUGUAAAGAAUGUGCAAAGGCCUUUAUUCAUAGAAGAAAUCUAAAAGAACAUCUGAGAAUUCAUUCUGGUUUAAAACCCUACGUAUGUAAAGAAUGUGAUAAGGCCUUUAGUUGAUAUGGACAGUUUACUCAACAGCAGAAAAUUCUUAUGGGUAUAAAACCCUAUGAAUGUAAAGAAUGUGGAAAGGCCUUUAGUUGUAGUGGAGACGUCAGACCACAUCAAAGAGUUCAUACUGGUGAGAAAUCCUAUGAGUAUAAGGUAUGUAGGAAGGCCUUUAGACAACAUUCACAUCUUCGUCAGCAUCAGAGAACUCAUAAUGUAUCUGAAUAUAAGAAAGCCUUUCCAUGUCAUAUUCUGUUUAUAGAAUUGCAAAAUAUUUAUGCCGGAAAGAAAUUCUGUGAAUGUAACUUUUUCCCCACAGGGUAAUUUAAUGUUUGUAACAGCCUUCUAAUAUCUCUCAGUCCUCCUUAAAUUUUAGAAAAUUCUUAUUAGGAAAUAAGCCUGUUAAUGUAACUGUUAACCAAGAAUUCCAAGAACAGAGACCUGCUUGAAAAGAAAAAAAGGAAAAAGAGAAAAAGCUCUUAUUUGGGGUUUUUUAGGAUUGCAGCCCAAGAAACACAAAUCCAAGAAAGCACUUGAAUUGUGUUCUGCUGGACCACAAAAUGGGGUUAGGCUUAAAAAGGUAAAAACUGCAAAGUUUUUUUAAGUUAUUUUUUUUAAGUUAUUUACAUAAAUUGUCCAGAAUUAGGAUUUGAGCUGGCAAGAAGGGUGAUUGUUAAACAAGGACUGUUUGCAGUUCAAAAUGAUGACUUUUAAACUGCAAGGUUGCAACUAGCAGCUGCUAGCAGAUACUGUUUUGAAAACAGCUGGUGCUGCCCUUGAGUUUGAUACAGUUCAGAGAAAAUUCAAGUUCUCAGUGAUGAAUGGAUGUGUCUCAGACCAGAUCCUCAGUGUCUGCCAGAUUCCAUUUUUAUGAAUACUCCAUUAUAAUUUCAAUUUGUCAUCAGAAUAAUUUGGGGGAAGUUUUUAAUCAAUGACAUAUACUUAUCAUUGCCUUUACUAUCUGUGUGAUAGUGGGCAAAACAUUUACCUCUCUGUGCAUCAUUUAUAAUGAAGAGGAAAGUUAGAAACUUAUACUCAGCUAAAAAUAACUCCAUGCUUGUUUUGCUUUUGUGAAAUAUGCUUGCUGUGCCGAGAAAAACAGGAUGACCUAAUAAUCCAAUGUAACAAUCCAAUGUAACUUUAAGAUGUUUUGCGAAAAAAUGGAAUAUUCUGCACCUGCUCUUGUAAGUUUCUGUUUGGAAACUUCCAUGCUCUGUAAACAUGUGCACUAUAAAAGUAAAACUCACCCUGAGCUCAGGACCCAGAACUUUGGAGCGUUAGCUCAUCUGGGGCCACCGGCUUAAUAAACCUGAGU